ACCACAACCCGGAAGUGCCCCGAGCUGGGCGCCAUGGCCUGAGGUCGGUCCCGCCGCCCCCUGAGGCCGCCCGCCAGCUAUGGCCCGCGGGGGCGGCGAGGCGGCCGCGGAGGGGGAGCUGGGAGAUGACAGCUUGUCUGUGAUAACCUGUGAAUCAGAUGCAGAAAUGAAAUUAAAGAAGAAAAUUUUUCACAAGCCUCCAAAGUCACCAAAGUCUCCGUACAGCUCUAGUACACAACUGUAUCCUAAGAAAGCUGCAGUUUGGAGAUCUCUGCAGGGAACAGGCAACGUGCAUUUUGAGAGUGCUGCUAUGAAAAACCCAAAGCAAAUGUGGCUGGGAUCACUGAAACAAGGAAUGAGCCAUUCCCUGAAAUCAGAUGUUGACAUGGGACAUACGCGAGCUGGCAUUUCUAGUAGCACUCCGGAUUAUUUGAAGGAAGCUCUAGGAAUGAAGAAGCCCAAACAUUCCCGUUCUUCUAGUAAUGGCUACAUUCCCGGAACUCCCGACUACAAGGAAAAAGAAGAUAUGUAUGAUGAAAUCAUAGAACUGAAAAAGACAAUACAAGCUCAGAAAAAUGAAGGAAAUCGUAUGAAAACUAAGCUCCGUCGACUAGAAGAAGAGAAUAACAGAAAGGAUAAACAGAUUGAACAACUGUUGGAUCCUUCCAGGGGCUCUGAGCUGGCACGAUCUUUGUCAGCAAAGAUGGCUGAUAACGGAUGGGUGGUUAGUGGAUUAAAACAGAAGAUUUUCAAGCUAGAGCAACAGUGCAAGGAGAAAGACAACACUAUCAACAAAUUCCAGUCAGACAUGAAGACCACUGAUUUGGAAGAAAUGAGGAUAGCUAUGGAGACCUACUGUGAGGAGGUUCAUCGUCUCCAAAUCCUCCUGGCAAAAUCUGAGACUAUGAAGAAAAAUGCAGAGGGCAGAGAUACCCAAAAACGAUUAAAAGCACUGAAUGCUGCUGUCCUGAGGUUGUCCCGGAAUAUCAAGGAAUUGCAGGCUGAGAAUCGGUGUCUGAAAGAAGAUCUAGAUCACAUAUUGAGCUGUUCUCCUGCAUCCAGUAAAAAAAAAAAUUAUAGUGAAUGGAGCAGACAGAGCCUUAUGAGGCGGAUUUUGGAACUAGAAAAGAAAGUAGGUGACAUGGAGAACACCAGGGUGCAGUCAGCAGAUAGUGAGUCAGCACAGUUACUUGGUGUGUCAACUUCACCUUCUACAGACCCAAAUUGUGCAGCCUCUCAACAAGUAGAUCACAUUGAGGAAUGCCAUCGUCUCCGAGGUCUAGUAAAGAAACUGAAGAGUGAUAGGAGUGCUCUUCAAAGUCUCUUACUUAAUAAAGAGUUAGACAUCAAGCAGUUACUUCGGGCCAAGGCUGAAGCAGAGCUGGAGCUGCAGAAGUACCAGAAUAACAAGGAAGAAAGCACUAAGGAAGAGCAGACUUUAAGUGAGGAAAUCCAGAACCUUACAGAGAAAGUAGGGAAAUCACAGUCAAAAUUGGAGGAAGAGGAGAGACAAAUGACAGAAGAUGCAUUAAAGAAACUUAACAAGUGUUCACCAGUCUGCACUGUUAAAGAUGAAGAUGAUUGCAAGAAGGAACAAGCAGCCAAAUGUAUCCAGAGAUGGUGGAGGUUGUACCGAAACAAGAAGGAAGAAAUUGCUCUGGAUGAGGCAGUUGUUGUGCUUCAAGCAGCUUUCAGAGGACACCUGGCUCGACAGAAGCUGCUACUGAGUAGUGGGCUGCAUGAUGCCCAGUCUUACAACAGGCAAAACCUUGGAAGAAAGAACUCCUGCGUGCCUCAUGUGUCAAACUCCUUGAGCUCAUCUUCUCUCUGCAAGGAGAAAGAGAAGACUGUGACAUUCAUCCAGUCCGUUUUCAGGGCUCACUUAACACGUGCAGUACAGCUUGAGGAAAGGUCCUCUAUGUCUAGCGCAACAAGUGAGAAAACAGAUUCUGCUAUCUGCAUUACAGAGAACAAACCAGUCUCAGCAGCACUCCAGAGAACUUCAACCAGCAUAUCAUCUCUUCCUGUUCUUUUGGCCGGCUCUUGUGAGAAGCAGCCACAGUCCACUCUGUCUGUGCCAGUGGAUGAAGCUCACUCAGACGAUUCAGAUGAUAUUGUAAUUGUCUCUCCAUCGUUGAGGAUGAAGAAAACCUCCACCCACUUCUUUAAUGGGCUCUGAUCUUGAAUUAUUUGAUUCACAAACAAAGGUAUUUCCACCGAGGUAACGUGUAUCAAAGAUGAACAAAGGAGGAAUAUCAGCCUGCAGUUGUCUGCUUUUUUUCAGCUGUGGAUGAAUACUUGUUUGAUAUGUCAUCUCUGCAGAUAUAUGGCUAAAAGCUGCUGACUGUCUGUUAUCCUUAGCCUUGUGGUACAAAGAGAGAGUUUGGAUUUUAAAAAUACUGCACCAAAACGGUUGAAUUUGUGAGACAGAACUUGAAAUUGACAAAUCGAAAUGAAAGCAGAAAAGACUUGAGAUAUUUCAUAGAAUCAUAGAUUUGUUUGAGUUGGAAGGGAGCUUUAAAGGCCAUCUAGUCCAGCUUCCCUGCAAAGAACCUGGACAUCUACAUGCUCCAUGCUGUGCUCAGAGCAUUUGGUGUCAAACAAAGUCUUUCAAGUUGACUAAGAUUCUUUUUUAAAUUGGAAAGUGAAAAAUGACUUAGCCCCAAUUUUCAGCCUGUGUAUGCAGAGGGAAACAGCUUCUAUUUGCUAUGAGGUGUUCUCUGUUUAAACAUGUUAUUGUCGCAUUUUAAUUUGUAUUUUUAUACACUAAACAUUUACAGUCUAUGCAGACGUGUAAAGCCUUUUUAGAAAAUCACUUCUGUCAUAGUACUGUUCUAGACUUACUGCAUCUGCAGUUUUCUUAUUUAUUGCUUUUUCCCAGUGUGUUUGCUAUAGUAUAUAUUGUACUACUUUGUAUGUGAUCAUGUAAAUGCUUCUAUUUAUAUUUGUCAGAGAAGGGAUGUAAUAGCAGGAGUGUCCUUGUGACUAGUUUUUCUGCUUAUGUAUCACAAAUGCAAGUGGAUUAUGCACACAUUAGAGAUAACACUGCAAACGUUUGACGUAGAAGAUAUGAUGCUGUAUGUCCUGUUCCAGCUUACAUCACUGGAUUGCCUGAAACUCUCACCUAGCUAGAUUGCUCAUACACUGAGCACUAAGGGGUUUUAAGCUUAAUGUUUCUUUGCUGUUGAUUGCUCCUCUCAGCACUACCUUUGUGUGUGUGUGUGCACAUUAGCAGUAUAUAUUGCAAAUGCACCCUCAGUCCAAUGACAGGCAGGGAGAAGGGUCACAGCCAUCUUCUGUCAUUAGCUAUGAGGCUUAUGUUGGAAAGCAUGGCACUGUGCACUCUGUUCUGAGGGAUGUGCAUGGGGAUGGGUAAAAUAUCUCAUGUAACCUGAACAGAAGCAGGAUAAGCAGUUGACUUAUAGGUGUCAAGACACCCAGAAAUAAUAGCACCACUAGACAAUAUCUUUACCAGUCUUCAUGAAGGGACCAAUGACAUAAUGGGCUAUGGAGAAAUGUGGUCAGAGGAGUCUUUCUAGAUCUUUUAUACAAACUGUACCUCUUCUUGACUGGAAGUGGAAGACCUUAUAUUCCAGGCUAUCAUUGCAACAUCCUCCAAAUGCAUUAAAAUGCAUUUUGUUUUGUUUUGUAGAAGGUGAAUCAGGUGAAUUAUGUUAUAUUUACUGGAAGGAGAAUUUAUUUUACAAACACACAGUAAAGUCUUCGUGGAGUCCCUAAUGAUUUCUCUGUCAUCAAGGAGUAAUAAAGUCUCCUGUAAACAGAAAGCACACUCUUAAAUAGAAGAUUUUUAUCACCUUUUCCCUCUUCUUUUUUAAAUUAAAAAUCAGUUGCUGCUUUUUUGCAGAAUACUAAUAACUCAGAGCUGUCUCAGUUCUCUGAUUUCAAUGAAGCACUAUCUGAGCUUAUCAUAGUUCAUGCCAGUACUUGCAGCCAAAGAGGAAACUGGAUGGCUGCAGCACAAUGCAGCUGAUUUCAUUUAAUCCCAGCAGUAGAAAUGCUGCCUUUGCUGUUUCCAAAGGCAGUUUUGAGAGCUCUCCAUACCCAAAGCAGACUGAAGAAUGUCAUUUAUACUCAAGUUGGGUAAAUUUUUCCUGCUGGUACUUCGGUCACAUGACUGCUAUCUGCAGAAAGGAUGAAAAAAGGCAUAUAAAAUAAAAGAACAAAAGGGAUAAAAUCCCCUUGGCAGAAGCUUAGACCUAUUUCCCUCUGUUGCUGAAAGUCAUGCUAUUAGAAAAAAAAAAAGUCAUUUUGUCAUUUUGCUAAACAGAAUCAGAUCUGUAUUGAGUUUCUUAUGUAUAAUGUUUCAAGUCUGUAACUGUGCCUGUCAUGGAUACCUCCAGAGAGAGAGUAACUAGAGCUGAGGACUGACACAUUAAGGAGAGAAUAGGUAGUGUGUGUCAGGACCAAGUCUGAUAUAAAGUACCCACCUGUUACCCUACAGGGAAAUACUUGGACAGCAAAUUUAAUGAAGUUGACAUUCAAUUUAUUGUGCCAUAAUAAAGAACCAAUAUGAAAGUCUCAGGAAACAGAUACAGAGUAGAAAGUCUUCUGUCUUAACUGAGCAUAUGACCAGCAGUAGUGCUGUCGAUAGCUGAGUUCCAGGAUAAAGGGGAGACAGUCACUUCGUGUGACCCAAAGUCACCAACGGAAGUGUGAAAAGGACCAAAUGUCUUCUGGGUUGAAUGAGCUUGAUAAAUUCAAGUCUGCUGUCUGAUAGCCAUAACAAAUCAGGUGCUUCCUUCGAGCACGCUUCAAACUCGUAACUCUGAAAGAUAACAACACAGUCACAGCACGUGGAUGUUUGGUAUAUGCUAGAAAGAGAAACCUCCACAGUGUGAAUAGCAUGUGGAUCUGGGAAGAGGCAUGGAGCAGUAAAGGAAUAAAAUAUGAAUUUCAGAGGAAAUGGCAUUUUUCCUUUCCUCAGCUCAACAGGGAGCUAAGGCCAGUAAACAUCUGUGUGGCUCAAACCUCUCAAGAUAGGGCCAAUGCAGACAUUUCAUGUCUGAAAAACAUUCUCUGCAGAGAGCACUGGGAGCCUUGCAGGGGCAUCAGGGUCCUGAAUUAAAGUUAAACCCCACUGUAGCCUCCCUAAUAGCACACUUUGCAUUCUAACGAUAUGCAAGUUCUGUGUGGGAUAAUGUUGCCUACUUAAAACCCUUUGCAGUUUGCUGUACUCUACAGGUAGUGAUCAUGUGUGAGUAUAGAGAUCUUUCACAUGAUGUGAUCUCUUUCUGUCCUUAAGUGCCUGUGCCUGCAAACAUUUUACUGAGGCACCAAAACCUGAAAGAUGUAAUAUUUCCUACAUAGCUAUGCAAAUAAUCCCUAGACAGGCAGCUUUUUAUAUAGAUGAAAUGGAAAGUUAUUCAUCAUGGCAUAUCAGAAAGCCAUCAUUUGUACGAUCGUUUUAAUAAUUAGAACUGUGCAAGUUAUCUUGAGAUCUUUUUAAAAGCUGAAACAGUUGCAGUGUAUUUUUUCUCCUGACUGUUGAACUUUCCAAUAAAGCCCCAAGUUUGUAAAUUAA